AUGAAACUUACCGGAACCCUUGAGGGUCACACCGGAUGGGUUACCCAAAUCGCCACCUUCACCCGCGACGACAAGACUACCGUUCUUUCGUCAUCCCGCGACAAGACCAUUCUUGUCUGGGACAUUGACAACGUUCAAUCCGCUGACGGAGGACCAGUCGGACGUCCAGUCCGCUCCCUUGCCGGACACAACCACUUCGUCUCCGAUGUCGUCAUCUCAUCUGAUGGACAAUUCGCUCUCUCCGGAUCGUGGGAUAAGACUCUUCGUCUUUGGGACUUGAACCAGGGAGUGAGCACCCGUCAAUUCAUCUCCCACACCAAGGACGUUCUCUCUGUCGCUUUCUCCGCUGAUAACAGACAAAUCGUCUCUGGAUCCCGUGACAAGUCGAUCAAGCUUUGGAACACCCUUGCUCAAUGCAAGUACACCAUCACUGAGGAUUGCCACACUGAUUGGGUUUCCAACGUGCGAUUCUCGCCAUCCACUCGCGAUCCAGUGAUCGUCUCCGCCGGAUGGGACAGAGUCGUCAAGGUCUGGAACCUCGGAAACUGCCGUCUGAAGACCAACCACAUCGGACACACCGGAUACAUCAACACCGUUACCGUUUCCCCAGACGGUUCCCUUUGCGCUUCUGGAGGCAAAGACGGACAAGCUAUGCUCUGGGACCUCAACGAGGGCAAGCACUUGUACACCCUCAGCGGAAACGACGUCAUCAACGCCAUGUCGUUCUCACCAAACAGAUAUUGGCUCUGCGCCGCUGUCGGAUCCUCGAUUAAGAUCUGGGAUUUGGAAGACAAGAAGGAGAUCGACGAGCUCAAGCCAGAAAUCCCAGGAUCCAAGAAGUCGUCAAGCCCGCAAUGUAUUUCCUUGGCCUGGUCGCAAGAUGGACAAACCUUGUACGCUGGAUACACCGACAACAUCAUCCGAGUGUGGCAGGUGUCUAUCCGUGCCUCCAACUAA